CACUGUGCGUAGAGAAAUUACCUUAUGAGAAGGCUUUUCCAUGUUCCCUAUAGCAGAAUGCCCAGGAUUACGAACGAUAAUACAGUACAAAAAGAGUUACUUCAACAAUGGAACACUGUAAAUUUGGACUAUUUAGAUUUGGAAAGAGGACAUGACUACAGUGAGUGAGAAACUGAUCAGUAGUCAGAGAAGCCACACUGAGCCACAUUCAUACCAUGUGCGAGGAAGCCAUCAGCAUAAAGGCUUUAAAUCCAUCAACAUUGGAAAAUCAUCAAUCAAAAUAAUCACAGUGAUAUGAGUACCAAGAAAACGUUCCUUUAUUUCUGAAAGGUGAUUUACCUGCAGAAUACCUCCAGAAUGAAGACAAAGAUGCUGAUUGGCCAGAUCCUGAUGAUCUCGAUGAUGUCAGUUAUACCUUCAAGCAAGGGCAGUAAAAAUCUGAAAUGCUACACUGACGGCAUAACUAUCAUUAAGUGUAUCUGGAACACUUCAUCGGUGGAAGACAGAUUUCAAAUAACACCAACCACUAACUGCUCCCUGAAAAGCAGAUUCAAUGAUUACACUUCUAUUCAAACUCCCCAAAGUGACCUGGAGCCUCAGCAACAGCCGCAAUUACGUGCAGGAACUCUUACAUUUUUUAAAAAGUCUUUAACUAUGGGGCAACCAUUCCUCCCGCUAUAUGUGUGGUGUGAAAAUAUGAGUGAACCAGUGGAAACAAUUACGUUAUUUCACCCACCAAGUAAUGUUAAAUUGUAUCCUCCGACGAAGCCACUUGUAGAAGGUGCGAAUGUCACUUGGCAGUGCGGCUCUCCUAAAUCUGAAUUUGUCAGCAAAGUGGUGUAUGAGGUGCAGUGGGGUUUGCUUGAGAACAUCUGGGAGAAGAGCCAGGUGGCAUCUACAGAAGUGGAGCACUGUGAGUUACCAGAAGACAAACUAAUCUUAAGGAGGAAGUAUGUGGUCAGGGUUCGGUCUGCUCCUGCUGGUAAAUCACAAAUCUGGAGUGAUUGGAGUACGUUCACUGAGUGGAAAUCCACUGUCGGUUUACAACCUCCACCUGAAGAGCCUAUGAUACUGGGUGUCUUCAAUACUUUAACCAGCCUUGGAAUAAUUAUAGCAGUUGCAGUCAUUUUACUGGCUUUCUUCUGCUUCCAGCGUCACAAGAGGAUAAUCAAAUGUCAUUAUGUACCCACGCCUGCAAAAUAUUUUGGAGAGCUUUUCACAGACCACGGCGGUGAAUUUAAGUCAUGGCUCGGUCCUACUGUGAUUGAUCUGUGUAUCAAGACUGAUUCAGAGUGCAUCUCACCUGUGACAAUCUACAAAGUCUGCAACACUGAUAUGCUAUCCAAUAAGAUGGAACAAGAUGGCAAAAUAAAGGAUGGCAACUCCUCCAGUUUCUCCAACUCCAUUUAUUUCCUGUCCCAGAGCUCAAAAAGCGGCAUAGAAGAUCAGCUGGAGCCAUGUUCGGUAGAUUGUCCGUAUGGACCGGAAGGAGGUGGCACUGUACAAGAGAAUCUGCCAGCCACUCAUGAUAAUGGCAAUGAGACUGAAUUGAAUGAGAUCACCAUGAGCUCCCCUUUGGAAACAUCCUCCACCUACAAGCAGCUGCAGAAGCUGCGGUUGGAAAUCCAGAGCCCGGACUCAGGGUUCGCUGGCAGCUCUGGUGAACAAGAAAGCCAGGAGGAGUCUGGAAGUGAAGGACUACCCAGCCCACCCGUGGUGGACAACAAUCUGCCCAUUAGCUGCAACAUACUGUGCCCAGUGCCCCAGCUGAUAGGAGUCCCUCAUUUUGGAAUCCCACCUGGCCUGACAUGGAACCCUUGGAAUAACCAAACCUUCCCAAGCCUGUCUCCAGAGAUCUCCAAAAACAUUUUGUUGGGAAAUUGUGGCAUCAUGGAUUGCUCUGGGAUACUGGAGCCCUCUAGUGAUGACUAUAUGCCUGUUAAGAAGGUUCAAGGUUGAUUAGGUGGUGCAAGUAAUCUCAAAACCCAGCAAAGAUAACAGGGACUCAGGGAACUGUGAUGAAAAAACAUUUUAUAAACUUAUAAAUGCAUAUUAUGUCAAGUAACGCAUAACUGUAUGGUAAUUCUAAUGAUGAGCAAUGUUCUCAGAUUUCUGUAAUGCUGCAGGAACAGUACCUUACCUACUGGUGACCUGUUUAAGAUCAGACCUACCUUCAGAGGAAAUAUUUGCUGAAAUAUCAAAUCCAUAAAGCCAAAGUCUCUGCAAUAACAGUACACCAUCACAUCAUCAAAACAGAGAAGAGCACUAAACGUAUAAUUCUUAGAAGUGUCACAAUUUGACCGUAUGAAUGGUGUCCCAGGUUGUCAAACAUUCACAGAAAGUCACACCUUGUCUCAAAACAUACUGAAACGUUACAUCACUUUGCAUACUGAACAUCACUUUGGUUUGACAUUUAUUUUGAGUGAGAAAGUCAUAUACUAUUUGUUAGCUAUAUUAGCUGUGUCACAUCAGUGUAAAACUAAUGCUGAAAACACUGGACACCAGUAUCUUGGCUGGCAGCCCCUUGUUUACUACAGCGGCUUGUCCAGGAGGCGAAACAAAGAGAUGUGGAUCAGCUAUAUCCAUCUCAGUACAAUUGAUGUAUCUAAAUGAAGCUGUUAUAUAGCAACAAUAUUACACUUUACUUGUUGAUAUACUGUAAAUUAUUUACAGUAGUGUUAAUGGCAACUACUAUUUUCAAGGUCAUUAUAUUUGUAAUGAAGUUCUUGCUGAACUGGAAUUUAACAGUAUUUUUUUUUUUUAUGCGUAAAUUGUCAUAACUUUUGUAUAUUUACUUGUUAUUGCCUAUAUAGGUCUUACAAGAGUAAUGUCAUGUCAAUGCUUAUGUCAUUGUGGGACCCUAAACACCGACAGCCUUAAUGUUUAAUGAAAAGUCACUCACACUUUCCAUCACCUAAAUAUCACUGCCAAUGCUUAUUCAGUCUGUCUUUUAAAUGAGCUUCAGUAUUAAGGGACUCUAAAGAAAUUGCAUAUAUGUGAUUGCAUAUAUGUGUGUGACAUAGACAUUUGUGUCUAUUGUAUAUUGUGAUGCGUGAUAUGUGUACAUGUAUGUAUUUAUGCUGCGCUGCUAUGCAACCAUAAUAUCAUGAAAUUUGAAUUGUUUAUGAAGACUAUAAAGAGGUAUUUUUCUAAA